AUGACCCCGUUCCUAACCCCCGUACGAGCACGUGUGCGCUGGACCGGGAAUGAUAACCUAGAUUUGAUACGCGCAUACUACAGGGCAACCAAUGGCGAACAAAACAAGACAGGAUAUAGAAUACGGCUUUACGAACAGUGGAUCAGUCUUAGACCUGAUUUCUCUAGAGAAUCGCAACAACUUGCAGACCAAUUACGCUCAGUAUUACGUAGGAAACGUCUCGUACUGGAUCGUCUAAAGCAAGCAGUACUAGCAGAAAGCCAAGAACCGGAACAGGAACAGAAUGACAACCUAAAUGAAAUCUCAGAGACCACUCACAACACACCUCAAUCUCGUGAACGGGCAUCUUUAAUUCGCAGACAAUCACGGCACUCCGUCAUACCACACCCUGAAGAAAACAUAGUAACCGAAGAAAUUGGACGGAUAUUUGAAAAGUACCUUAUGAAAUAUAGUGGUGUUGACUUCUUAAGUCGUCCAAGGCUUCCUAAAAUUAAAUAUAAUAAUCAAACAAAGUCAACUGUCGCCAUCAUGAAUAGAACAUUAAGUCAAUACUUACUGCAAAGUUUAUCUCUUCAGAACACAUGUAAUCUAAUCUACUGCGCCGCUGUUGCUGUCUCUCAUGUUACCGGAUUAAGGAUAGGAGAGAUGGUGCAAUCAUCAAAUCAUAAACCUCAAAUACCACCUUGGAAGAGGAGACUGGAAAAUAAAAUAAAAGAUAUUAGGGUAACUAUCAGAGUACUACAUACAUACCUGACAAAUGAUAACAAAAUAAACAAAUGA